AACAAAAAAACCCUAAAAUCCCCCUCUCUCUCUCUCUCUCUCUCUCUCUCUCUCUCUCUCUCUCUCUCUCUCUCUCUCGCCUCCGGUUCCGGUUCAGGUAUGAAGAAGAAACAAAAGCUUGACGACGACUCUGUGGAUGAUGAUAAACACAAGCAUGUGGUUGAUUCUCCUCCACAUGAAGAAGAAGAAGAAGACAAAGAGGUGGUGGAGAAGCGUCGUUACAGAUCUAUGGCCAAGGUUGCCAUUGGUUACUCUAUCAACCCCACCGUCGAGAACUCAACCAUCACCGAUAUGGUACACAUCGUCUGCCCCACUUUCACCCUCGACACUUCCAAACUCCAGAACGCUAUUCUCCAACUCUACCAAGAAGGCAAAGAGAAAAUCAAGAACCUGUUGAAAGACGCACAAGGGAAGCUAACCCUCUCUUGCGAAUGGAUGGUUCUUGGUGACUGGAAAUGGACUAGCGAAGACAUCGUCGGUCCGAUUCUUCACCAGGAUUUUAUGGUCAUUAGCGUCUACUUCGCUGAUGAAAACUUUAAAAUGAGGAAAUGGAUCUUGUCGUACCAUCCUCAUCCUCCUGAGGAUAUGAAAGUGAAAGACGUUUAUCUUGAUUCGUUCAAGAACGUUGUGAAGGAUUACGAGAUUGAGAGCAAGGUCUCUACUCUUCUUGUCCCUAACAAUCUUGAUCUUGGUUUGGAUGGUUUUAUAAAAUGGAUAGAAGAAGUGAGAGGGGAGACUCAUCAGAUAAACCCUAACGUGUUCCUCAUCUAUUGCUGCUCGGAUAUGUUCAGGUUGAUGGUUGAUGAUAUGUAUAAGGACGUAAGAAUAUCAUGUCUGAUGGACCGUGUCAGGAUUUUGCUUGGUUGGGAGAGUGAUGGAAGAUUGUAUCCUACCCAUUGGACCUACACGUUGAAUAAACUGCAAACGGCGGUAGAUAUGGAAGCCAAAGAUGUGUUUGAAGAUGAGAAGUAUGAUUACUACGAUUAUCCUUCUGAUGAAGAGUGGAUAAGAAUUAGAACUUUUUGCAAACUCACUGGUUGCAUUUAUAAAGUGGCGAAAGAGCUUUUUGAUGGGGAGUAUCCAACGGCUAACGUCUACUUCCAUCUUCUCGUGGAGCUAAGGCUCAUGUUGAACCAAGAGGUUAAAAACGGAGAUGGUGAUUACUUUCUUGGAAAAGCUAAGGAGAUUUUGGAGAGGUUUGAAAAGUAUUGGGAUGAGAUGUUUCUUGUGUUGGCUACUGCUUCUGUGUUGGACCCUCGGUUCAAGUCGAAGUAUCUAGACUUUUACUGCUCAAAGAGUAGUGAUCAAGGUUCAAAAGCUGAGACUGUUGUGGACUACGUACGCAGUCUAUACUCUUGCUACGCAGCUAGCGAUAUACGUCCACUACCAGAAUGUGCAGUUGAGCCAACUCCCCGGUGUAUUUUUUACAUGUUCGAAGACGAGUUAGAAGAAGAGGAAGAGAAGAAGCCUGACGGUUAUGGGGACUUUGCUUUCUUUCAAGAGUAUCUCAAGUUUGGAGGGUGUUGUUCAAGAGAGUUUCAUGAGUCAGAGCUUGAUUCUUAUUUCAAAGAGCCUGUUUUGGAGUGGAAGAAAGACUUUGAUGCAUUGGAAUGGUGGAGAAAAGAGAGCUCAAAGUAUCCGAUCCUCUCCAGAGUAGUGCGUGACAUUCUCUCUAUUCCGAUCUCUCGUGGUACAUCGACCCGUGCGUAUGUUGCUGACAAAAGAGAGUGUCCUGAGUUUAUUGUUGCAUUGGAGGGGAAGCUUUUGAACGCCAUGAUGUGCGGCGAGAGCUGGCCAGCGACUCUGAUAUGGCCAAGUCGUUACUUUGAAACGUGAAAUGCUAUUUAUCUUUACGAAAACUCAAUAGCUCUUGUUUUCAUUUCGCUUUCUAU